CCUCGUAAGCCAUCUGACAGCUGAGCCCCACCUCAAGCGCUCGCUGCCUACCUCCACUCCUCCCACCCACAUGGAUUUCUCCGCCGCCGGCGGCGGGGGCGGCCGCGGCGAGCCGGCCCGGUGGCUGGAGAUCGCCGGGAAGCUCCUCGCCGCGCGGGACCUGGUCGGCUGCAAGCGCCUGGCGGAGCGCGCGGUGGAGGCGGACCCGAACCUCCCGGGUGCCGACGAGCUCCUCGCCGUCGCUGACGUCCUCCUCGCCUCCCAGCGCCAGCUCCCCUCCGGACGCCCCGAUCCGGUCGCCGUGCUCCAGCUCCAUCCCGGACCCGACCCCGCCGCCGUCAAGCGUGCCUUCAGCCGCCUCUCCCAGCUCGUGUCCGCCCCGCGUAACCCCCGUCCCGCUGCGGACACCGCCCUCCACUUCGUCCAAGAAGCCUUCGCUGAUCUCUCGAAGAACCCUUCCAGCGACACGCCUCCUGCUGCUGCUUCUACUCCUGCUUCCGGUGGAGCCUCGGCCGCGGCAGCGGCCGAUGCCGAUGCGUUCUGGACGGCGUGCCCCUACUGCUGCCACGUCUACCAGUACCAGCGCGCGCUGGUGGGGCGCGCGCUCAGGUGCCAGAGCGCUGGUUGCCGGCGCGCGUUCGUGGCCGCCGAGAUCCCGACCGUGCCGCCUAUUGUGCCGGGCACCGACAUGUACUACUGCGCGUGGGGGUUUUUCCCCAUGGGCUUCCCUAAGGCAGCUGAUUUGAGCACCAACUGGAGGCCAUUUUGUCCCAUGUUUCCGGGGAAUUUUCAAUCUCCGCCGCAGCCAGCAUCUGCAGGGACUGCCAAUGUUGAUUCCGGGAAUUUUCGAUCUCCGCCGCAGCCAGCAGCUGCAGGGACUGCCAAUGUUAAUCUUGGGAAUUUUCGUUCUCCUCCGCAGCCAGCAUCUGCAGGGACUGCCAAUGUUGAUCCUGGGAAAUUUCGAUCUCCACCGCAGCCAGCAGCUGCAGGGACUUCCCAUGUUAAUCCCAGGAAUUUUCAAUCUCCUCCGAAGCCAGCAUCUGCAGGGACUGCCAAUGUUGAUCCCAGGAAUUUUCGAUCUCCGCUGCAGCCAGCAGCUGCAGGGACUUCCCAUGUUAAUCGCGGGAAUUUUCAAUCUCCUCCGAAGCCAGCAUCUGCAGGGACUGCCAACGUUGAUGUACAAAUUGUUGAGAAUAAUGGCAGGCCUAUUAAUGCCAAUUCAACACCAGCAAAUGUGCAGCUGGCAAAUAAGAGUGGUGUCCGUGGCAGUGCAGCAGGGCCAUCUAGAGGUAGGAUGAAGAAGACAACAGCCCGCAAGAAGGUUGGUGCCGUGCUCAAGAAGCACGCUUCCAGUGGGGUGGAAAGUGGCAUUGAGCCAUCUAUGCUUGGGUCGGAUUCAUGGAAUGGAAAUGCAGGUAGCAGUAGUGGGCAGACAGUGGGUACUAGAGAGAUCAACAUAAAUGAGGUGGCGAAGCCAACUGAUGGCGCCACAGUGCUGAAUUUUGGUGGGGAUGAGGACAUUGGGUUUGAUUUGGAUGUUGAUGCAACGGACGCCAUAUUGGGAAAUUUACAGCACCUGCCAUUCUUGAGGGAGGAUGACAAUACCAGAAGGAUGUUUUAGUUAUCAAUGUGCUCAGUGUAGGUAUUCCAUAGAGGUGGUGUAUAUCGCGCAGCUGAAGGAAUUCCUACAUAGUCUGAUCCUUCAGUGCUGCCCUUGCUGUCAUUGCAAUAUUUUCUUAUAUUUAUUCCAUGUUCCGUAGUUGUCUACCUUGGUUCAGCUAGCUGGCGAUCUCUUUAGCAUCUGGAUCAGUACUUUUUACGAAUCCGUAGUCUAGAUUAUCCCAAAUUAGUUGGGGGGAUGUGUAAUAUGUGCCACCUGCUGAUUAACUUAAGGAGAUAAUUGGUUAAGGGAAUAAUGCUUGCUGCAUGGAUGAUUGGUGAGGCUGUUAGCUAAGGGUUUAUGAUGCAACAGAGGUCACAUGGAGUACUGGCAGAUAAAUGCUGAUGAAAAACAUAUCUGGACCAGAAAAGCUCUAUGUUAGUUGAUAGCCUUCACCAAUCAUCAAAGGAUGUGAAUAAGAGAAGUGGCAUGACUUGGUUUAGGGGACAUCAGUGGCUUUUAACCUAUGAUUCUUUCUUUGUAGUUUGCCAAGCUAGCCUGAAAUAACAGGAUUUAUCUGUGCGUUGACACCCAGUUUUCUGUCGCAAGUGUAAAAUGGUACCAAUGGCUGCAAGCUUGUUAAUCUGUUUGUUUCCGUGUUAAGUGUAGGCUCCUGUAACUAUCCCUUCAUAAUCGUCAUGAGCUCCUUGCCCUCAAAUUGAUGUGCA